UCAGGGACAAGAAUUAGCCGUGAAGAUUUACAAUCGUUAAAGCCGAUUUAUCGGUAUGAUCUGGCAGAUCGGCUUCGCCAGCAUAUUCCGGCCAUUCGUGCUGUGCAAGCAUUGGAAAAAGCCAAAUUUUACACUCCAAACGAUGACUUUCAGUCAGUACUGUUCAAUAAAUUUGUAACGAAUUCAAAACUGGAGCGAUAUGUGGAUCAGGUAUGUGAUUCGACGCCUCGUGUUAGUCACGUAGCCACGCAAACCGAUUUCUUACCUCAGAGGAUGCUUGCUUCGGUUGAGGAAGAACUGCAAUCAUCCAAUGGUAAUUGCUUCUUAUCCAUGUCUGAUUCCUUCUUGAUUUCAUUGUUUCUUGUUGACGGUUUUAGCACCGGAUCGUCAACACUAGACUUCUUUGGUAAUGACCUAAAAGUGGAUACCAGUGCUGUUGUGUGCGUGAAAUGUUGGAGUUUCCUCAAAAUCGCUGCAUUGAAGGUUCACGCGAGUCGUCCUCGUUUCGCUCCCAAUUCGGCCGCCGAUCCAACUAUUCCGCGACAAAUAGCUUUGAUGCCGAGAGCGUGUUGUCGAAUGCUUAUUGCGACAUCCACUUCACGGACAUAUGUUCGCAACCCGUCAUAA